GUGUGUCACUUUGUUGUCAGUGAGACGCUAACAUGGCGGCCACCUUGGUGUUUCUUAGGAGACGCUGUCCCGGCUUUCCAGCGCUGCUCCGUUGUCGGACAUGGGCCCUUGGCUCCCCUCUCCUCAGAAAUGCAUCUGCAGGAAGAAGUAAGAUUGAGAAGGUGCUAAUUGCAAACAGAGGAGAGAUCGCUUGCAGAGUGAUGCGGACAGCGAAGAAGAUGGGAGUGCAGUCUGUGGCGGUUUAUAGUGAGGCGGACAGGAAUUCCAUGCACGUCUCAUUGGCGGAUGAAGCAUAUCUUAUUGGACCAGCAGCUUCCCAACAAAGUUACCUCGCCAUGAACAAAAUUAUGCAAGUAGCUAAAACCUCAGGUGCCCAGGCUGUUCAUCCAGGUUAUGGUUUCCUGUCAGAAAAUACAGAAUUUGCUGAACUAUGCAAGAAAGAGAAUAUCAUAUUUAUAGGACCUCCGUCUUCCGCUAUUCGAGAUAUGGGCAUUAAGAGCACAUCGAAGUCAAUCAUGUCUGCUGCUGGUGUCCCCAUCAUAGAAGGUUAUCACGGAGAAGAGCAGUCUGACCAGCACCUUAAGGAACAAGCUCAGAAGAUAGGCUAUCCUGUAAUGAUUAAAGCUGUCCGUGGAGGAGGUGGUAAGGGUAUGAGAAUCGCCAGAUCUGAGGCGGAAUUUGUGGAUCAAUUAGAGUCAGCUCGAAGAGAAGCAAGAAAAUCAUUUAAUGAUGAUGUCAUGUUGAUAGAAAAAUUUGUGGACAAUCCAAGACAUGUAGAAGUCCAAGUGUUUGGUGACCAACAUGGAAAUGCAGUUUAUUUAUUUGAGCGGGACUGCAGUGUACAGAGAAGACACCAAAAAAUCAUUGAGGAGGCCCCUGGGCCUGGAAUUAGUCCCGAGGUGAGGAAGAAACUUGGAGAAGCCGCUGUGAAAGCUGCAAAAGCCGUGAACUAUGUGGGUGCAGGAACUGUAGAAUUUAUUAUGGAUUCAGAACACAAUUUUUACUUCAUGGAGAUGAACACACGUCUGCAAGUAGAGCACCCAGUCACGGAGAUGAUCACUGGUACUGACCUUGUAGAGUGGCAGCUGCGGGUGGCCGCUGGGGAGAGGAUCCCUUUGAAUCAGGAUGAAAUCACCCUGAAUGGUCAUGCAUUUGAGGCUAGAAUAUAUGCUGAAGAUCCCAAUAAUAACUUCAUGCCAGGGGCUGGACCACUCCUCCAUCUCUCCACACCACCAGCCGACAGUUCUACACGGAUUGAGACUGGCGUUAGACAAGGUGAUGAAGUCUCUGUACACUAUGAUCCAAUGAUCGCUAAGUUAGUCGUGUGGGCAGAAGAUCGGCAAGCAGCACUGACAAAAUUACGGUUUUGCUUACAGCAGUACAAUAUUGUGGGUUUGAGCACCAAUAUCGAUUUUCUUCUCAGUCUCUCUGGACACUCGGCGUUUGAAGCAGGGGAUGUACAUACUAAUUUUAUCCCCCAGCAUUAUAAAGAACUGUUUCCUCCUAAGAAAGGGACCUCCACUGAGAUGCUGUGCCAGGCUGCACUAGGUCUUAUUCUGAAGGAGCAGCUAUUAACCAAAGAGUUUAAUCUGCAGUGGGAAGAUAGAUCCUCUCCAUUUGCAUCCAGCACUGGUAGACGAAUGAAUUUUCUCUAUACCAGGAACCUUUCCUUGAUGGACGGAGAAAACAAGGUGGACAUGAAAAUCACUUAUAAUAAUGAUGGAUCAUAUGACAUACAGAUUCAUGAUAGACUCUUGAACGUGUCUGGAGAACUCGUGACUGAGGGAAAUGUAACCUAUCUGAAAAGCUCAGUUGAUGGAAAAUUUUCUAAAUCCAAGCUUAUUAUCAUCGAUCACAAUAUACAUCUAUUCUCUAUGGACGGUAGUGUGCAGCUGGGUAUACCUGUUCCAAAAUAUCUGUCAGAAGUGAGCACAUCAGGGAGCCAAGGAGGGGCGAUGGCUCCAAUGACUGGAACUAUAGAAAAGGUGUUUGUAAAAGCCGGUGAUAAAGUAGAAGCUGGAGAUCCUCUGAUGGUCAUGAUUGCUAUGAAAAUGGAGCACACAAUACGAGCACCCAAAGCUGGCACCAUCAAAAAAGUUUACUUCAAAGAAGGCGUCCAAGCCAGCAGGCACGCUCCGCUUGUUGAGUUUGAAGAAGAAGCGGAUUCAGAAUGAUUUCCAUGAAAUAUCCUCUUGUGUUAUUGCAAGAUUUCUGACAAUAUUUGUUCUAUGUGGCUGUUACUUUAUGUUUUACAAACAGAAGACCAAGGAAGAAAAGGACUAUUGAUUUGUAACACUACCUGAUUUUCUGAUCUCAAGACGUCCGCUCAAGGCAUGCAAAGAACACUCCAGGAAAAAUCCUGAUGUAUCACGAGACUAUCUUGGUCACGCAUCACCUCAUGGAGGCCUGCGCUAGGUAGAACACAGUGUAUUCGUUUUAUAUACCAGCUGCCAAGCAGGAAAUACAGUACCUUUCAUGCUAUAUUCUGACAUGCGUGCCUCACAUCUGUCCUGAUAGAGGACAUCAACCAUAGAUUACUUCUCGAUGGAUUACUGCAUUGAAGUGGCUUCCGAUCGGCUGCUUGGUUCCCAACUUCCCAUUGAUAGAACAGAGUGCAGUGCAGAAAACGUGUGAUAUGCUUUAGGGAGUGAUUACUGGAUGUCUGUGGGGAAAGGGAAUCUGUCACCCCGAUUUUGGACUAUUAUCUACAGUAAUACGUGAGUAGUACUGCAGAUAUGGAGUCCAGAUCACUAUUUUAUAUUUUCCUAUUACCCUAUUCUCCUGCUGUCAGUGCUCAGAGCUUCACUGAAAUCCAUUGUCCAUUAUGUAAGCACAGCAGUCUGGACUGUAAUUUCAAGUGCUGGGGGGGGGGGGGGGGGCAGAAGCAAAAUAAAAAAUAGUGAUCUGGACUUAUCUGCAAAUUUAGACAUGUAUUACUGUACAUUAUAGUCCAAAAUCGAGGUGACAGAUUCCUGUUGGCGCAAGUAUGUGAUUAUUUUAUGGUCGGUUCUACUAGUAAUUUGUGUGGCAUGCACAAUGUAAGAGGCCAUUCCAUUUAGAUCAGGGGUAGGCAACCUCCGGCACUGCAGCUGUUGCGGAACUACAACUCUCAGCAUGCAUACUUACGCUGCUCUUCUCUGAACUCUCAUAGAAGUGAAUGGAGGAUGCUGGGAACUGUAGUUUCACAACAGCUGGGGUGCCGAAGGUUGCUGAGCCCUGAUGCAGAUGGUAUUUCUAAUUGGCCAACAGUAUACAGGCAGUUCACCGUGAAAUAUUUGCCAAGUGGCACCUCUGCAUAGGUACUAAGAUUUUCCCAAUAAAACAAUGGAAUUCCCUCUUUCAAUUUCAA